GUCCUCGCUACCACUGCAUCCUCCCUCGCACCACCCGCAAUGGGCGUCCCGGGCUUAUGGCCCCUCCUUGCCUCGGCAGCCCAGUCGCACAACCUCGAAGCCCUGGACCUUGCCCACCUCACCGAGUCAUCCGCGUCGUCCUCCUCGUCAUCACUAGCCCCACGCCUCCCGGUAAUCGGCAUCGACCUCUCCGCCUGGCUCUUCCACGCCCGCCAAUCAGUCGAGGGCUCCAAUCCAAUCCUCCGUCUCAUCUUCUUCCGCCUACUGCGUCUCCUUUCCCUACCCCUGCGAGCAGUCUUCGUAUUCGAUGGGCCGGAUCGCCCUGCCAAGAAAAGGGGCCGGCUGAUCGGGGGAAGAAAACAUCCAUUGACUGGACCGCUGAGCGAAAUUAUUCGGGCGUGUGGCAUGGUCGCGUGGGAGGCGAGGGGAGAGGCAGAGGCUGAACUGGCGAGGAUGAGUCGAGAGGGUCUGGUCGAUGCUGUGCUGAGUGACGAUGUGGAUGCUCUCGUCUUUGGGAGUAGGGCGGUGAUGAGGAACUGGUCUGCUACGACUCCCAAUCGCCCUGCCAGCCUCGGCGAGGACCGCGGCGAGAACGCAGUCACAACCUACAAGGCGUCCAACGUCGAAGAGCUGCCCGAGCUAAGCUUGGGGCCCAACGGCCUCGUCCUCAUCGCCCUAAUGGCAGGGGGAGACUACGAUGCCAAGGGUGUGGGUGGAUGCGGAGUCAAAAUGGCACUCUGCCUCGCUCAGGGAGGCUAUGGAGAUUCCUUGAAGGAGGGGUUCGACAAACAUUGCAGAGUGACAGGGUACGAUCCUGAGUCGAAGAUGCCUAUCGUUGAGCAGGGGGAAGGAUGGGCACCUUUCGUUGAAGAGUGGAUGGCAGCCAUGCGUGAUGAGUUGGCCACCAAUCGACAGGGCUUCCUCGCCUCCCGACAACCGCGCCUAGCAAGCAGUCCCGCCCUCCAAACAUUCCUCAGCACCGCAGAAUCACUCCAGAUUCUCGCCUCCUACCUUCACCCAAUCACCACAUGGUCCAUCUACGAGACUUACGGGCGCAGCAGCGUCGCCCGCCCGCCUCCUACGCGCCUGGCCUUUCCCCACCCGGAUAUACCAGCAAUCGCAGGCUUCGCACAGCGCACCUUUGCGUGGGGCCCCAAGUACACCGUAGGAAGGAUGCGCAACUUAGCCUGGAAGGGCAUGCUCCUCCGUCAUCUGCGCAAACACUCUCGCACCGCCCCCUCAGAUCCACGCGAUCGACGCGAAGAGGGCGGCUCAGCUGGGCUGGAGGUGGACGACCUGGACUUACCGCUCAUCAAGAUCCACUCGGAACGUCGUCACGCAAUCACGGGCCAGCGACUGGAGUAUCGCCUCGAAUGGGACCCGACCGCUCUUGCACAGCUGGCGGAGAGCGGUGUAGACCCAAUGCUCAACGUCGGCCCGGGUUUCGACGAGCCCCUUGACCCGACUGAAGAGCCCUCUCCCCCGCGCGAUGAAGACGACAACGACGACGAAGAUCUAGUCCCGGCAUCUCCGUACGCCACGAGCCUCGCUGCACUCCAAGCCCAAGCCGGGCGGGAAGCAGAAGCAGAAGCUGAAGGCGAAGGCGCGGGAGACGAAGAAGGUGGCAAUCAUGGGCCAUGCCCUCCCUCCCCCUCCAAACGUAAAGCCCGCCCCCCACCACCGGACCCUUAUUCCACCCUUCGCGACUGGGUCCUCUCGGAUCGUCUCGCGGCCACUUCGAGGGGACAGGAGCUCAUCGACGAGUAUCAGGCCAGGAUCAGGGGGAAGAAGAAGAAGGGCGCACAAUCCAAGGUCAAGGCCAAGGCGCCAGCCAAUCAACCUUGCAUCAAUGCACUCUUCCCUGCUCAGAAGUCGGCCGGCAGCAUAAGCAGCAGCAGUAGCGCGCUCAAGCUUCCACCGAAGGAGAAGGGCCUCUUGAAGCUUCCACCUAAGGAGAAAGGGUUGCUCAAGCUUCCCAGAAAGGAAGUCACCGCUCCUCCGCCCGGCUGCUCCUCUUCAUCGUCACGCAAGGAGGAAGACAUCGCUGCCAUCCCAACUAAACGUCCCUCCCAAGGCGAUUGUGACGCCGCGAGCUCGGGCUCCCCGGGCAGGCUAAACUUGUUGCCUAAACGCACCUUUGGACGCACGCAAAGCGGGCCAGCUACGCUCGGCUCUACACCACCACCGCGCUCUCAGACUGUGGGAAGCUGGAACGCUCAGACGACGAUGGCGCAGACGCAGACGCAGAGGCAGAGGCAGACGAUUGCCAGGAGGAGCAGCUUUGAUGUCGAUGUCGAUGUCGCGCUGCACGAGAUCAACGACGACGACGAGGAAGAAGCGGACUGCUCGUUGCCCGACGCGUUGGAGCUCCUCAGGAGUAUCGCAGAUCCCAAUCGACGCGCGGCGCUUGAAGCUAGUAGCCCAGAUUCGAGUCCAGAUGUGGUAUUGGCUAAACGAAAAGGUCGAAGAGGAGGAGGAGCAGCAGGCUCAGCCGCACACGCAUGCGCACACGCACGAUCAGGCGAGUCAUCCGCACCAAUCAGCAUGGGAUCGUCUACGACGUUCAGUAGUCGGAGCGAUGAUGGGUUCGAGAUCUUGCUCUCAGCACCAGCACCGGCACCGACGACGGCGAUGGCGAGGAAGGUGGGUGGGCUUAGAGUCAGAGGAGGUAGGAAGAGCGAUGCGAUUGUAUUGAGCGAUUCGGACUAGGCGUAGGUAUGGGCGUGGGCGUGGGCGUGGGCGGGAGGAGAAGGAGAAGGAGGGGGAGCUUCGCAUUGUAUACCAUCUCAUUAUCACUUUCUUCAUUCACGUCAUCGUACAGUGUUACCUACGAAAGAAAAGCAAAAGAGGGGAGACG